AAAACAGUGCGGCCCUCGUUUUUUGCGGUGAUGGACGAGGUAAAGAGCAAGAAGUCUAGUAACUGAGAAAGCGAUGCUGGACGGCUCUUGCAAAAGCAAUUUGUUAGGUGCAUUGGCAGAAGAUUAGCGUACAAAGAGAACAAGCAUAUCACAUCAUUCAUGGGCACUUUUUUAAAAAGUAUAGUUAGAAACUUUUUUGCUUCCGUGAUUGCAUUUUGAUAGAAGGUCUAGGUUUAUGUUUCCGAUCACAUUGUGGAAAUUUUGUACGAAUUAUAUCUGUGGACAAUAUCAAUGCAAUUUUUUUCGACGCACGUCGUUGCUAGGUUUUUAAUUUUACGUUUCUUUGUUCCAUUUGUGUGCGAUAGAUUGAUGUGGCUCGUGUUUACAGGUACCAGUCUCCACCUAAUAUUUUUUGUCUUUAAAGGAGGCGCUGUGGUAUGAUAGUUUUGAAUCGAGCGUAUUGCACUUUGAAAUAUUGUGAUUAAUGACAGAGCUACCGCUUGUUGCAGUUGCUUCUUCUAAGACAGCAUCGCUCUUCCGGAAAUAAGUAGUACCCAGAGAGAGGGCCACAGAUCUUUGCAGGCGGCGUUGGAGAUAGCUGCAAGUAGGGAAGAUCUUUUGGCGUUGAGGCAACGAUAUGUUGCGAAAUUGUCGUUUUCGCGGCCGAAAUUGAAUACAUAUGAUCCAAACGUUUUUAAUGAAUUUAAACUGAACGUCGUGCUUUUUGCACCGAGUUUUAAUCUGCAUAUUACGUGCAACUCUUCCAUAGUCGUAGUUCUAGCCAAGAAGAGCCGCCUUGCAAAAAGUGGCUGCUAGUACUCGGACAUUUUUUUUUGUUUUGCACAAGCAAUUCAAAGAUUCUGCUCCUGCAGAAAGCAAACCAUGAGACGAGUUUCAUUUCUGCCGUCACUGGGUGCUGCCGGCUUGCUUUCGGCAGCUGGAUUUAUGCUUUUGUCGGCUGAGGGGACAGGGGCAGCGCAAAGCAGUGCUGGUGGAGCAGCUUUCAAUGCUGGGUCCAACGGCGGGGGUCGAGGAGGAGAGCAAGAACGACCAAAUACAGGUAAGAAUUGCGCCAGCUAUUUAAGUUCAUCUUCUUCACGCACGACACUUCAGCACAUGAUUUUCGUUUUCCUAGUCGCAAUACGUGCAGUUGUGCGCAAUGCAACGGAUAAGCAAGUGCCAGAAUUCAUACAAAAACUCGAUAAACAGGGAACAAGCAAGGCGGUUCGACAGCCCCUACUGCGCGACGAUUCGCCUCGACUGCUCAUCGUGAGAGCAGGACUGACAAUAAUUUGGCUAGCACAGCAGAAAGUGCGGCACGAGCGAAAAGAAAAGGGCCGCAUGCACUUGAGUCUCUAGAAUCCGAGGUUCUUCUACGGAAUAACCCACGUGAAGAACAAGAAGAAUCAGUCUCAAGAAAAAAGAGUAGAACCGAUCUUACCCUUACUUCCUCGCGACGGCGGCGAAAGGAUGUGAAUAUGCGCGGAGCGUCAAGUAGAACAGAAUCGUUGUCCAGCACGAAGCAAAAAUUCACUUCCCCCCCAACCGACGCUGGCUUCACCGAAGCUGAAGAAGCGAAAAUUGCCGAGCUGACAAGUCGGAACUCAACUUUCGUGAGUCCGAUUACGUCGAAACAGAGGAGGCGAGCAGUGAACUCGUUGCGGUUAGCGGGCUGGAACGUGGCCACGGCAAUCGAAGAAAACAGAAAAAGACGGAGGAGUUCCUCGUCUUUCAAAACCGGCCGCACAGGAACGCACACGGCAGCUCCGAGCACCACCACUUCAAGCAGCGGAGCCGGCACGAGCGCCACGACUACCGUUAUAGCUUCAAGUCAGCCUCUGGCUCCAGUUCCCGUAAGAAAUUCCGUUUCCACAGCGGCAAUUAUAUCCAGCUCGUCCUCUCCUGCACAACCUCUAUCCACGCAGCAGGAUCAGGAACCCGACUACACAACUGUCCACAGUCGUUAUUUCAACCGGAAGGCGCACGAGCGCAGGAUGUCGGCAAGGGAACUGCUGGAAAAUUACCGACUGCAGGGCGACCGAGACGAAGAUGUCGUGUUGGUGAAAACUGCGGAGAACGCGAUCGCGGACGUGCUUUUUUUCAAUCCGGUAGAAGCGGUGGAGGAGUUUGGGGACGUAGAUGCGGAGAUCAUUGAGAAGGAACCUGUUUCACCCGUGACGUCAGUCCCAAGUAGGCAGCGAAUGAAUUCGAUGGCUUCGUCUUUUUUGGAGGACGAUAAUAGCAGCACAACCGGAUCGACGUCGAGGAACUCAAUGUUGAUCAAUCCCCAUGCACUUAUUUCGGGGAACGGGAAGAACAAGAACAGAGCCAGAAGUUUCUCCAACGCGUCGACGACUCUUCCGCCGAGCUCUCCUCUAGCGGCUUCCUCCGCUGCAGGGUCGAGUCCAUCGUCAAUGGCUCACUUGCUGCCACAUAUCUACAACUCCAUGCCGCAAAUCGAGCUGCCCCCAAGGGAACAUCAAGACACAGAAGAUGAUAAAAACGAAAGCGACAUGCAGAUCCAGGCGGCGGUGCAACAGGAAGUGGCCACUGCAAACAAGAAAUCUUUCUUUUUCGGGUCAACAGACAGGGGAGCACGAGCAACAGCUGCCGCUGCACCUUCGUCGUCUUCGGCCGCAAAUAAUAGCAAAAGAGACACCAAGCGCGCCGCUCCUUCAUUUGGAGAUAUUGCAAAAGAGCCCCAUCCUAGUUCCCUGCUUGUUCCCGUGAAGCUGGAGCAGCUCGAGGAAGAAGAUGAUGAUGCAAUGAAUUCGCCAAACCUCCUCGAAGAGCUGCUCCCGUCUGUCUAUGACAUGCCGGAGGCGAGUCACGAGUGCUCCGAGGAAGCAGCGAAGUUUGCGAGAAGUUUUCUGGCGAAAAAAGCGUUGAAAUUCGGCGGCGAUCAGGCCGAAACCAGCUCGGUUACCAGUACGUGCAUGACAGACGUUGCGAUUCGGAACGACACAAGCUCGCGUCGAGGGAGUCGGGGCGACACAAGUCACUAUGCCCAAAAUGAAAGCGCCGGUGAUAGAAUGCAGCAAGUCGCGUCGGAUGAAACCAUCUCUGUCUCCUCCGGAAGCGCUGCCGGGACUUCGUCAUCUAGUAGUUCGUCCUCGAGUACUAGCAGCAGCAGUAGUUCAAGCAGCUCUUCCUCCGCCACACAUGCCAAAUUUUCACAAAAUAAAAAGACCAGCAUCGCUUGGAGUGACAGCACGCCCCUCUCUGUGCUCAUGACAUCUCUGACUCUCACAACAACUUCAAUUCCCGAAGUGAACACGGAGAACGACUUCAGCCGCGCAACAAGGUCUGGCGUGGAAAACAAAAAGAAAGUUCUCCAGUAUUUGAAAGACGCCAAGCGGUGGAUCGAUAUUGCCAUGUGGGUCAUGACAGACAAAGACGUGGAACAGGAAAUCAACAAAGCGGUGAUGGACAGAAAGGUUCACGUACGGAUUUUGGUAGAUUCUCGUCAGGCGAGCAACCCCGGCAUGCGCCAGCUGUACCAACGGUUUCUGGACAACGGGAUUCCGGUCACGCUGAUUUACCAGGGCGAAUACCGAGGGAUGCACAGCAAAUUUAUCAUCAUCGACGGCUUGUUCGUGCUGACCGGGAGCCUGAACUUGACAGGUAUAAUGCAGAAGCUUGUAAUUAUGCUGUAGUAGUGUCAGGACCAGGAAUGCGAGCGCUGCUAUCGCGGAAGUUGUGUAAAAAAACACAAUGAAAGCCGCUCUAUUCUGGUUCUUGGUUUUGUUAUAUCAUGUAUAUUUUGAGUGCAAUGGUACUAAAAGUGUAGAAAUCAGCUGUAGAACUACAUCUUCACUGUCAAAAAUCCCACAUAAACAGUCCCGGGCUUCGAGUGGAACCGUGAAAACGUUGUUGUUCUUCGUGACGAGCACGCGAUUACCCGCUACAUCCGCGAAUUCGACAUGCGGUUCCGGGACCCAGCGCACUUAGCAAAAUACACCCUCGGCCACCGCUUCUUCUACGCGGCUUUCGUCCGGGAGCAGGAGAUGCGAAUGGCUUUGUGCGAAGAUGAAGCAGUAGGCCACGACGCAACUACGGGUCUUGAGCAGCAGCAACGGGUAGACAACAUGAUCGAUGCAAGAGAUGAAACAUCACGACACCAGUCGUGCCGCACCAGUGAAAACGCGCCGAGGAAUUUGACUCUGAACAGCGAGGGCGUGCUGCUGCAUCAAGAUCAUUCUAGUACUGCUCUAGAACAACUUGUUACAACAUCAACCGACCGUGGUGGUGACCCUGCAGGCUCCACCACUUCCCUGGCGCUAGUUGCCACCUCUACAACAGCUUCCUCCACGACCCCAAUUCCGGUGAUCCGUCUUCCUCGUCCCGCCCAGCUCCGGAGAUCUUUCACGAGAGACGGGCGGCUGACAAAACAGGCACAGGAGACGAUUUUAGUCGAAACCUGGGAAUCGAUGACAGAAAUUGUCGAGAAAGACCGAACACUGAUCGACCGUUGGGCGGCAGCGAACGUGUACAAUAGGAGGACGUGCGUGAAAAACGCGUUUGAUACUGAAAGCGGUGUCGUGGCUGCGGAGGUACAUGAUCAGAGCGAGUUUUUCUAAGUCGCCCGAUCCUAUGAUUCAGUUGUCUGCAUUUGUUCUUUUUUGCAUUUGGAAUGGUGAAGCAACAAAUUUGCUCAGCAGGAUUCGUGCAUUUGUUGCACAUUCCUUCUUAGUCUUACUAGACUUGCUUGCUUGGAAGAGGAAAAUGCUUCAUCUCAUGACCAAGGGUUCAAAUCAAUACAGGCUCCCGGCUCAUCAACAUCCUCUGCACGACCUGCGACAAGCAACAAAAACCAAGUCGUCGAAGACGUUCUUUUCUUCCCGGAAGACCGGGUUGCACAUAAGCAGACGAAAGCAGAGAAGGACCAGGUGGAUAAAAAGGCCAUGCUGAACAAAUUGAAAAGAAUCUUUUGGCAAGCGGAAGAGUCCAUUGACAUGGCUAUGCACCAGUUGGAGGAAGAAGAAAUGGUGGAAACUUUGACGGAUUUACUGUCCCACAGACCCUGGCUGCGGGUCCGGAUCACUGUCGACAACAACAUGCUGACGGAAUCAAAAACGGAGCGGGGAAAGGCGAAGACACUGGUAUGAGAAAAUAUGGAAGUCAAAGUUCUUGAUGAUGACUGUCAUUAGCGUCUGUCUAUUUAUUGUUUUGCGUCACGCAUGGCGAUAGCUUUUGCAGGACUAGUCGCUACGUUGCCAUUGGAGAAGUAGGGGUUUUAUGGAAAAAAUAAAGAUCGGAGAUGUGGCCGUGAUUUGGACUGUUCAUCAGGUCUAUGAGCUGCGAGACUCCCUUCUCGCCGAGCAGAAGAAGCUCCGGCAUCAGAGCAAGCACCGCACCGGCCCGCUGAACAUGCUACGAAAAGGCAAUCUGGAAAACGAGAUUUACCAGCGGUGGACGAAGCAUCCGGACCAUUACGACUACGAUCUAGAUGAGGAGGACCAAGAGGAAAGCGUCGUGACGGCAACCGAAGAGUACGCGGAAAGACUGACCAACUUUCUGAAGUCCUUCGAGAGAUUCAAUUUCGAGAUCCGGCGGUCGCACACCCAGGACUACGAGGAACAUUACGAAAACAAAGCCCGGAUGCACCACAAAUUCGUGGUGAUUGACAGAAACAAAUACUUGAUCACGGGCUCUUUCAACUGGACCAGCGGCGCCGCCAACCGGAACAUGGAGAACAUUGUCGUGUUGAAGAACCACGAAAUCCUGUUUGAGAAGUUCAACCACGAGUUUUCCCUUCUCUGGCAGGAGUACGAGGGCGCGAAGAAGACCGAGGGACGGCUGACAUCGGGGCUGCAAUGUGGAGGCCCACAGGCGGUUACUUCGGUAUCUGCGGGAGUAACUGCUGCCGGGGGUGCAGCAGGAGAAGCUUCAGUGCCGGCCUUGGCGUGAUUGGAGUGCAGUUUAUUUUCCGGGUUGAUGGAUUUUUUUAAACCUUCCGCUGCAGGUGCGCCGACAAACAUCGACAUCAUGAUGCCAGGAAUGUGAUCAAAUGUUCUUUCCAGCUGCAGGAGCGUUUCAAUUCAGACGCCGCUACUAGAAACACGUAUGUACAAAAAAUGUGACAGAGUCCUUUCUCUUCUACUCGUUUAUCGCACUGCUUGGGCUGACGACUCCUUCAUUGAAAAUUUGCCGUGAUAUGAUUUUGCAGUGGCCACCAGCUAAACCAAGACCAAGCGAUUCACAGAGGAACCUUUUACUGAUGGUUUCGCUUUAAAAUACCGCCACCACAAUUUUGACAAUCUUGUAAAUGCCUAGGAUAAUUGCUUGAAGCUGUAAAAUCACGGAAAUAUAUGAUACUACAAAAUUAUUACAACCCAGAGAUAGAGAACGAGGAAAGGACCACAAAAACGAAGCCUCAGCAUCUUAGUCCUCCGUGAAAUUACAACUCCUCGUUUCAAUAGUCAGUUUCGAAAUUAUACAACAAAUAUUCAACAACGUGGAAAACAAAAAUCUUAUGGGACCUUCAACAACGAUUUUUGUUGCUAUUUAUGUACAUUGAUGCAGCACAUUGUCGUCCUUCUGGCGCCGACGUUCCGCGGAGAUACGAUAGGAUACGACAGGAGAAGCAAGAACACCAACGUCGGGCCGCAAACCACGCCAUGAAGGAGACGACAUUAGUAUUGACCUUCAAGAAUACAGUGAAAAAAUAUCAGCCAGCAAGAAGGGACCAGCCGAAGCAACAUCUCACAUCACAAACCAAAAGGCUACCGAAUUAAUUUUAUGUCCUGCCAGCAACCGCCCGAGUAGAUACGAUGCGAUGACAGAUGUACUAUUUUUCGAGAAUAAAGUUAAAGACAAAAACUGAUGAUACUGAGCAAGUACGUGAACCCUCCCCACGUAAUGCAAAUUCUAGAUGUAGUUUCUUUAGUCUUUCAAGAUCCAGUUUUUCUUUUUUGACAAGACUUUUUUUUUUUUGUUCAUGAGACACUUCUAUAGAUGCUAUUUCUUGUGCCUUGAGAGGUUUUCGUUUUCGAUUUUGUACCUCCUUGUGGUUUAAACAUCGAAAAGGAUUUGGAAAAUUUGCUGCUUGCUACACGACUGUUUGAAGAAGUAACUCGAUCACUGUAGUCCGCGAACGGAAAAUGUUGUAUAUGUGCAAAUGCUUUUCUCUUCUUCAUGAAAUGGCACUUGUUGUCUUUUCGGGACCUCCGUACGAGAUACUUGCUUGAGAAUGAAACUGCAU